UUCCUCUACUUUUGGGUCAUAGUCAAAACUACUGAUCACUCACAGAAACGCUAACAAUGGCUGCUCCGCUGCUCCUCAGAGGGUUCCCUCUUCUCCGGCUCCGCUUCUGCAAUCAACGUCUCCAGAGUCCUAGCUUCGUAUUACUUGCUCCAAGGCUUUUUUCAGCUGCUUCCGAAUCGGCUCAGCCCUACGAUGACGCUGCAUCCAAUGAGGAAAAUACUACCACCGUGCUAAGGACCAAGGACCCGCCCAAGUACCCGAGGUGGCCCGACCCGGACUAUAGAAAAUGGAAAGAACGAGAAACUCAGAUACUCAAAGAAAUUGAGCCCGUUAUUUUCCUCGCCAAAGAAAUUAUCCACUCCGAUAGGUAUAUGGAUGGAGAACGUCUGACAGCAGAAGAUGAGAAAAUAGUGGUAGACAAGCUUCUUGCUUACCAUCCCCAUUGUGAGGAUAAAAUUGGAUGUGGCCUCGACUCCAUUAUGGUCGAUCGGCAUCCCCAGUUCAGACGUUCUAGGUGUCUCUUUGUCGUAAGAACUGAUGGUGGAUGGAUAGACUUUUCCUACCAGAAGUGUUUAAGACAGUACAUUCGAGAUAAGUACCCUUCUUAUGCCGAAAAAUUCAUAAAAGAACACUUCAAACGUGGUAGUUGAGUUUUGUGUUAGACAGCCUCUCUUCACAUAAAUACUAAAGCUGGAAGCUGUUGGUCUGUAGAGCACUCAUGGUGGGUCUUUUUCAAGGAAGGAACUAGAAAAUGACGGAUCUUAUGAAUGCUUGUGUGCGGCAAAAGGCGUUCAUGGAUUCAAUGACCAACAAAUGACCUGUGAUAUCUUUAGUCAAUGUGGUAGAUAUUAGUUGACAUGCAUUUCAUGUUUUAAUUGGUGGAAGAAGAAAGUUGAUGGAAGUAUAAAUGAUUUAAGAUUACACUUCCAUACUAAUUAGUUGGCUUUCCUUGUAAUGUUGACUGUCGCUUUCUUUUGGUGAAUCACUAUCUCUAUCUUCUUUAAUUCUUGAAGGCACAUUACCUGGCAU